AUGAAUAAUUUGAGUGUGUUAUCAGAGAAUCCAAUUAAAGAUGAGACAGAUCCUAUAAUAGAGUCAAAGAAGUCCUCAAAUUUGCUAGAUGUGUUUCCAAAGUUUGAUAUGGAUGUUAUGACAGCAGCGUAUAUGUCAACGAUGGAAAUUAUUAAUGAGGAAGAAGAUGUACUGUUUACAGAAUACAAAGAACUUUGCCAAGAACUUCAGUCAUGGAUACGUAGUAGAAUUGUAUAUGAUCAUCUUAUAACACGAAAACGUAUACGCUUAAGUGUUGACUGGAUAGUUGCAAAGGAGGAUGAGCUUGAGAGAACGCGUAGAGAGAUACUAGGUUGCAUGGAAGCGGUUAAAAAAGCGCUUGGACUCUUAUUUUCUUCAUAA